GGAGGUGUAGUGACUGUUUCCACGGAGCACGGACCGGUCUAUAGUACACUACCGAUAUCUUUCAGACGUCAGACCCUUCCUCCUUGGCGUGCCCAGUGCAGGCUGGUGAUAUACAGGCGGCAGGAUGACGUGCAGGGAUCGAACCAACGAGUUCCAGUCCGCCUGCAAAUCCCUACAGAGCCGACAGAAUGGUGUUCAGCACACCAAGCCAGCCCUCAGUGCUCUCAAGCAACGCAGUGACUUCACCCUCAUGGCCAAGAGAAUAGGGAAGGACUUGAGUAAUACAUUUGCUAAACUAGAGAAACUCACUAUAUUGGCUAAAAGAAGAUCUCUAUUUGAUGACAAGGCAGUGGAGAUUGAAGAGUUAACCUACAUCAUCAAGCAGGACAUUAACAGCCUGAACAAGCAGAUUGCCCAGCUGCAGGAUCUGAUUCGUUCACGCGGAGCGCCCAGCGGCAGACACAUCCAGACCCAUUCCAACACCAUCGUCAUCUCCCUGCAGUCCAAACUGGCGUCUAUGUCCAAUGACUUCAAGUCAGUUCUAGAAGUAAGAACGGAGAACCUGAAGCAGCAGAAGAACAGGAGAGAACAGUUCUCUCAGCGUCACGUCUCUUCUCCUCUCCACGCCAACAACUUCAAGAGUUCAGUGUUGAUGCAGGAUGAGUCCAGGAGUAUGGGGGCUGAGGUGGCCAUCAACAUGGACAACCAGUCUAACCCUCUACAGCUCCAGCUCAUUGAUGAGCAGGACUCAUACAUCCAGAGCCGUGCAGACACCAUGCAGAACAUUGAGAGCACCAUCGUAGAGCUGGGCUCUAUCUUUCAGCAGCUGGCUCACAUGGUGAAGGAGCAGGAGGAGACAGUACAGAGGAUUGAUGCUAACGUGGAGGACACUCAGCUCAACGUGGACAUGGCUCACACGGAGAUCCUCAAGUACUUCCAGUCUGUGUCCUCCAACCGCUGGCUCAUGGUCAAGAUCUUCCUCGUCCUCAUCGUGUUCUUCAUCGUCUUUGUGGUCUUCCUCGCCUGAGCAGGGAGAAAUGAUAGAUAAAGAAGUAGAGGUUGAAGAAGAGGGAGAUGGAAAAGUUCAUUGUCUUUUGACAGGUUGCGUCACUCCUAUGAAACGCUAGUCGCUUGACCAAUAGUUCAGACGGAGUCAUGCUAUCUGACAUAAGACAAUGGGAAAGGUUGGGCUGAGACGAGGGGUUGCCACAGCAACAGGACAAUGGGAAAGGUUGGGCUGAGACGAGGGGUUGCCACAGCAACAGGACAAUGGGAAAGGUUGGGCUGAGACGAGGGGUUGCCACAGCAACAGGACAAUGGGAAAGGUUGGGCUGAGACGAGGGGUUGCCACAGCAACAGGACAAUGGGAAAGGUUGGGCUGAGACGAGGGGUUGCCACAGCAACAGGACAAUGGGAAAGGUUGGGCUGAGACGAGGGGUUGCCACAGCAACAGGACAAUGGGACAGGUGGAGUGUUAUUGAACGGUCUGGGACUUGAGGUCCAGCAGCCCAAGAAAUGAUAGUAGUCUGCUGCCUAAAGCCUUGGAGAGAGUUUCUGGAGUGACCCUAGCAGAUCUAUUCUGUUCCUACAGACAUUGAUGAAAUACCCCUAAUGAAAAGGAUAUGCUAUCGGAACACGCUUUGUAUAGUAUAAACAGAAUACUUGUCAUUAUGUUCUUUGUUACUUUAAAGAAUAAUCCAUCUUACACAUUUAAUCAAAAAUGACUUAUUUAAUGGUUUGAUUCUGCAAACCUGGUUUUGUUUCUUGGUAGAUUUUCUUUUACCCCUCAUGUUGCUUAUUGUUGAUUGGUUGUAAGACGGGGUGUCAUCAACUUUCUCUCCGACAUGAGGGCCAACACAACAGACUGGAGUUCUUGAAUUGUAAUAAUUUCUUUCGAUUUUUAUUCCUCAUUAUUCCAGUUUUAUUAAAGAGAGACUUGAACAAUUCUCCCUCACUAUCAUUCACGCCACGCAUGAUUGGAAACUAUUGUUGGUUUACUUUCUCUUUUUCUUUCAAUGUUUCUUAUUUGCCAAAAGGGUACUUUCAGUUUCAAAGAAAUGUGACAAGACACCUGUGGUCUAAACUGUUUUAUGACCGUACAGGAUUAAAGGUGGUUUAAACUGAAGAGGACAUUCCCUUCAUAGCCCCAGUCAUAAACACAAUGUGACGAGUCAGACCCGAACAGUUUGUAACAAGUUACUUAACACUGUUAUUGCAGAUCUAACAGUUUAGAUUGCCUGGUUUACCUGCCAGCAAGUCAGCUGGGGUCAGUCUGAAUACGGUUGCCAGUGGUUUGCAUCCCAAAUGGCACUCUAUUUCCUAUAUAGUGCACUACUUUAAACAGAGCCCAAGGGUCCUGUACAAAAGUAGUACACUAAAUAGGAAAUGUGUUGCUUUUU